CUAAAUUUGAUGAAGAUCCAUAUGGACCAUAUUUCUUCCUCUAAAGAUCUUAUAUUUCUCCCUAGAUCUCUCUCCCAUCGUAAUGAAGAAGAGCCCUCAAUUAUACGAAUGGAGAAAAGAAUUGCGAAUUUGUACGUGGUUUAUUCAAACUAGUUUUUAAGAGGCUGCAGAAAACACACUUGAUUCCCAUGGCUGAAAAAGACGAUCCUAAAACCCCAUUGCUCGAAAACCCUAUAAAUGAUCCUGCAACAAAACACAAUGAACAAAACAAUGUGCUCGCAAGGAGACGAUUUCAACGAACCAAAACAACACCCGGGUCACAAAACAAGCCCUCCCCUGAAUUGCAGUCCCCCACCAAGAAACCGAUCCUUCUACAAGUGUUCGUCGCCUUAACCAUAUACCUCGGUGCAGGAACACUUUCUUUCGUCCUCAUCAUAGGUCAGCUCGAGGGCAAGAAAACAAACAAAAUUGUCGAUGCACUCUACUUCUGCGUAGUGACUAUGACUACUGUCGGGUAUGGAGACCUUGUUCCUGCCACUACACUAGCUAAACUACUUGCCUGUUUGUUUGUGUUUAGUGGUAUGAUCAUUGUUGGUAUGGUUUUAAGCAAGGCGGCUGACUACAUUGUCGAGAAAAACGAAGCACUUGUGGCUAAGGCUUUUCAUCUCCGCGAUAAGGUCACUCCUGUCGAGCUACUCAAAGAAGUCGAAACUAAUAAGACCGUGUACAAGUUCACUAUGGCUUCGAUUGUUCUCGUGUUGCUAAUGAGUUUUGGGACUUUGUUUUUGAUGGGUCAUGAAGAAAUGAGUUUUAUUGAUGCGUUUUAUUGUGUUUGUGCCACAAUCACAACACUAGGAUAUGGGGAUGAGAGUUUUGGGACGGUUAAGGGUAGAGUUUUUGGGGUGUUUUGGAUAUUGAGUAGCACUAUAUGUUUAGGUCAGUUCUUUUUUUAUUUGACUGAAGUUUAUACUGAGAGGACCCAGAGGUAUUUGUUGAAAUGGGUUCUUAGCAGGAAGUUUACUUUGGAUGAUAUUGAGGCUGCUGACCUGGAUCAUGACAAUGUUGUCAGUGCUGCAGAGUUUAUUAUACUGAAACUAAAAGAAAUGGAGAAGAUUACUGAAGAGGAUGUUAGUGUUCUAAUGGAGUGUUUCAGGAAUCUAGACGUCGAUGAUUCAGGAACAUUGACAGAAGCAGACAUAAUUUAGCAGGGUAAGGCAAUGGAACAUUGCUCACAAGCUUAGAUUACUGCUUUUAGUUUAGAGGGUUUUUAUUUAACAGAAAAUAAUUAAGCAUCUAACUUAACUGAAACUUUGAGAAAAAAGCUAUAUGUUUCUUUUCUGCAUUCUACAUAAUUUUCUUUAGCCUUUAUAGAUUAGCGUCACAUAAUUUCCUAAUCGGUAAAUUAAGAAAAGUAAAUUGUGGUUGAUUUUUAGCUAUUUUUGAAUCAUUAUGAGAAAAUAGCGAAUUUAAAAGUUGAACUAAGUAGCGAAUUGUGUUUCAGUACCGUAGAGAGAUCAGAUUUUCCCUUCAAACUUUACAAAGGCAAGGGAGUCCAAUAUUGUUAAGAGAUAUAAGGCAUUUGACUAGUUUUAUUACAUUGACGGUGAAAUUAGUAUUGUAUUGAUUUAGUAGGAUUUCAUACAAAUUUUUUAAUUAGUCAUACACAAUCUUCACCCACACACUAAUAACUCUAACUCAAUUCUCAAAUUCCUACCAAUUUUAUUACACUUCUAUAAGCUUAAAAUCAACCUAAAUUUUUUUUUAGAGGACUUGAUCUUCUAGAAAUGGUUUUCAUUUGAUUAUGUAAAUAAAUCAUAUAAAAUAUUGAAAAACUAACAAGACCCUUUUACAAAUUCAGUUUGACAUGAUUUUUACCUAACCAAGAUCACUUAAGAGAGACACACAAGGGAUUAACUUGACAUCCCUCAUAGGAAAAGUCCAUCUCAAAAUCUUUUCACAUGAAUUUUUUUUUGACUAUAAUAGUAAUUAUUAUUUAAGCCAUUAAUAAGUCCGAAAAAUUUCUUAAUCAAACCCCAUUUUUGAAGUUAAAAAAAAUAUGCAAAUUAGUUGAUUAAAAUAGUUUUUGGGCACUAACUCAAUAGUCAAUGGAUAUGUUGGUAAGAUAGAAAAUGUCUCUUUGUGCUUUGCCAAAUGUCAAAGUUUAAGAAAUUGUUCUUAUCUUUAAUGUAAUUUUAAUCAAAAUACAUCAUCAUUCAUAUUGUAUACUUUCAAGCAAAGAUGUAGAAUAUAUGAUAUUUAGUCUUUUUUUUUUUUUUUCUUAAUUUGACUUUAAAGCCACUUCAAUACAAAUACUAUCAAUUUGAUUGUAUAUUUUAUGUUUAUAAUUCAUUUUAAUUGUUGAAUAAUGUUUUUAAGUGGAUAACUAAGCAUGGUUUAAGGAAGGUUUUGCGCUAACGCAAAUGAAUAUUGAUCUUGUAGGUCAAGAGAAGGGAUUCCAAACUUUACAUUAAAAAUAUUAAUAUUAUUAAAAAUGUCAUUAUGUUCAAAAAUUUAUCAUCAAACUAUAUGUCAAUCUUUAAAAUUAAUGUUUUAUAUUUGCAAUUGAGAAUUAAGUUCGUUUUAGUUGGAGCAUUACUAAUUUUGUUGGUUAGGUAGUGAGUUUGAUUCUCGCUUUCUGUCCUCUAGGCUAUAUCCUUCCUUAGCCACCUUGUACUAGAAAAGUUUUGUAUUUUUAUUUUUAUUUUUUUUUCAAAAUACCAAGGAGUUGAUUAAACUAGAGCUAUUCAAAAGUGACCCGACUCGAAAACCGAAACCGAAACCGAAAGUAAACCAACCCGAAAAUGUGUUCCUUUUUUAGGUUUAUCGAACCGACAGUAUCCGAACCAAAAUUGUACCCGAAUCGAUUGACAACCGAAAAUGAGAAAGCUGAACCCGAGUUUUGUAACCGACACAUAAUCGUUAACCGAGAUUACCCCAACCUAAUAUUGACCAACCCGAUUCAUAUCCGACCCGAAUCAUGCUCGAAACCGAAUUCUAUCCGCUAAAACUGACUUAACUCGAACGAAUUUUAGAUCGAACUGCUGUAAACCUGAACCAAUUUUUAACAUCGAAGUAUGAUAGACUCAUAUUCAAUCAUCUUAGUAGUUAAUCUAAUAAAGUGUUAGAUAUUUUAAUAAAUUAAAUUUUAUAAAUACAUGGUUUCAUAUGUUUAGAGUUAAUAAUCAAUGGUCAAUGUUUAUUUAACUAUUUUUAAUCGAAUUAGAAAAUUGAUAGAAAAUUUUAAUUUUAAUUUCCGGUCAAACAAGUAAAAGUAACAAAGUAAUAAUGAUUACUAAUUGAUUUGCAUUGUAACUAUUUCGCUUUAAGUAAAGGGAAUCUUGUCAUCAAUUAAAAAAUGACUGAUAUUGAUUUGAUCAAUAGUAAUUAAUAAUACGUAGCCGAAUUUUGUUAAAAAAAAAACUCGAAUCCGAUUUGUACCCGACAAAACCGAACCAAUUAGUAACUGAUGACAACCUGAGACCGAUCGACACUCGACACGAACUUUAACCAACACCGAACCGAUGCUAACCCGAUAGCUUGAAUAGCCGAUCUCCAACCGAACCGUG